AGGCCGGGGGCUGCUUGGCUUCUUUCCUUCCCAGCUUUUGCCGUUCGUGUCCUCCCUGUUUUCCCGGGGAGCUGGUCCAGCCGGUCUCCUCUGUGUAGCGAGAGAUCCAGAGCUCCAGGCCCAGCUAUCCCGAUAGAGAUCUAGUCCUCUGUCUGGCUUGCUUUCCCUGGGCAAGGAUUACGGGGAAGGUGGGAGCCGCACCUCCCUGGAAAGGCGCAGCCGAGAGAGGCGGCGUUGGAAGCAGCGCUGAAGGGAGAAGCCGACGGAGCAGACCUCUCCCUUGGCAAAGGAGCCCCUCUCCAGCCCUUCCUCGGCCAUGGCUCGCGGGAAAGCAAAGGAAGGCGAGGGCAACUGGAAGAAAUUCAUCUGGAACUCGGAGAAGAAGGAGUUCCUGGGGAGGACGGGGGGCAGCUGGUUUAAGAUCCUCCUGUUCUACCUGAUCUUCUAUGGCUGCCUGGCAGGGAUCUUCAUUGGGACCAUCCAAGUUUUGCUGCUCACCAUCAGUGAAUUCCAGCCCACGUAUCAGGACCGAGUCGCACCACCAGGAUUGACAAAUGUUCCUCAGGUACUUAAAAUGGAGAUUUCCUUCAAGCCUUCUGAUCCCAACACAUACCUUAAGUACACAAGCCUCCUUGACAGGUUUCUGGAGAAAUACGAUCUGGAACAGCAGAAAGAUACUGAUAUGGACUUUGAGAGCUGUGAUCCUGAACCUUCCACCCCAAAAGACAGAGGUCCUUAUGAAGGUUCUCGGGGGAAGGUGUCAUCUUGCAGAUUCAAUCGCAACUGGCUUGGUAACUGCUCUGGAACAGAGGAUAAAACAUACGGCUACAAAGAUGGCAAACCAUGUGUGAUCAUUAAACUCAACCGAAUCCUGGGCUACAUACCUGUGCCUCCACAAAAUGACUCCAUCCCAGAGGAGCUGAAGGCAAAAUAUCAUCCCAAUAUCAUUCCUGUACAUUGCAUGGCUAAGAAACCGGAAGAUGCUGACAAAAUUGGUUCUGUGGAAUACUAUGGUAUGGCUGGUUAUGGUGGCUUUCCUCUACAAUACUACCCAUAUUAUGGCAAGAUCCUUCAGCCUAAAUACCUCCAGCCCCUUAUAGCAGUGCAGUUUACCAACCUGACAACUGACACGGAGCUGCGUAUUGAGUGCAAGGCCUAUGCUAAGAACAUCCACUACAGUGACAAAGAUCGUUUCCAGGGACGUUUUGAUAUGAAAUUUGACAUAAAAAGCAGCUGAUUAUGAGCACAGGGUUUUUUUCCUCCCUUUUCCUCUUAGCCAUUUAAAAAGUAUAAAAAACGACAAAAACCUACUAGUCUUGAACAAAACUCAUACGUAUGGGACCUACACGUAAUCUAUAUGCUUUACACUAGCUUUCUGCAUUUAACUAGGUUAGAAUGUAAACUUUAAAAGUGUAGCAAUAGCGACAAAGAUAUUUAUUCUACUGUAAAUGAUGAAAAACAGAAUUGAGCCUUGGGACAUGCCCAUUUCUACUGUAAAUUAUGAUUCCAUAACUGACUUGUAGUAAGCAGUGUUUCUGCCCCCUAAGUAUUGCUGCCUUGUGAAUUUUAUUUAGUGUACAGUACUAUAGGUGCAUUACUCUGGUCAUUUUUCAAGCCAUGUAUUAUUGUACCUGUUUUCUACUUUCUGUGAGCAAAGAUUUGCUGUCCAAGGUGUAAAUACUCAGUGGGACUAAAACUGGCAUGGUACUUUUAAUUCCUUUUUUUUUUUUUUUUUUUGGUUCAUUUUCAAAAAGUAAAGGCCCACCUGUGAGAAUAUUCAACAGCACUCCAUAGAGCCUUUUCUUUCUUGUGGUCUUAGGACUUUAUUUAAUGUGGUGGCAGGGAAAAUAACCUUGACUCUGAAGCAAAGCUAAGGAGAGUAGGUGACUGUGUACUGUGCUUUGUAGUGAAUGGUGUCUUUCUCUCUCCAUCCCCCCAUAUCCUUCAGUAUGUUCUGAAGCUGUGUGAGAGACCUGUGUCAGCCUAUCACUUUCAUCAGUGAUGGGAAUCAUUAUUUGCCUUGUAUAUUUUCUUUCUUUUUUCCUGCUUAGAGGCAUCAUAUGCUAUGGUGCUGUCUUUAUUGAAUGUUUUAACCAUUUUCAUGGUGGAAGAAUUUUAUAUUUAUGCAGUUGUACAAUUUUAUUUUUUUCUGCAAGAAAAAAGUGUAAUGUAUAAAAAUAAACCAAAGCCACAUGUUUGAAAAUAAAUCUUUAUUUUGAACUUUAUGAGAAGCAAUGCAGUUACCCAUCAACUGGUGUUAAAUGUUGUCUAAAGUGCAAAACUCUAUGUUUUAACAUAUGUAAUAGCCAGGAGUACAGUGCUCUUGUUGAUCUUGUAUUUCAGUCAGGUUAAAACAUUGGACAAUAAAUGAAUAAACACACAUCUCUCA